AUGUUACUUCUUCUCGCGCGCAAUAAUGCCAAGAAGGUCCAAAAACCAAUUAUCGCGAGAGGCUUCAGCUGCUGCGCGAGGUUGGAUCCACUGCAGCAGCCGCAGAAUCUCUAUCCGUUCAUCAAUCGUCACUGUAUCAUUGAAGAAGUAUCGGGAAACCCUGCAGGUGCUGCGCAGACUUCUCUUAACAAGACGACCCGUCAACUCGUUCUUCUCUCGCCAUUCGCCAUCCAGCUCUAG